AUGUCUGCCUCUUUUUUAGUGGUUGGAGGUGGAAAUAGUUUUGCUGCAACAAGUCACCAAAAUAAUGGAUUGACAGUUUGUACUUCCUUUUUAAAUUUUAAUUCCCAAACUUGGAUUGUUAUUUUGCCGAUAUGUUUGGCUAUAACUUUUUUUUGUUGGCUAUUUUUUCAAAAAGGUUAUUUAGCUGUUACUUUAGUAUUUUCUCAAUUAUUUGUUAUUAUAAUUCUUGGAAUUUUAACCUAUUUAAUUUUAAUUUUUAUAAAAAAAUGUUGGAGAAGAUUAAAAUUAAUUAUAUUUUCAAAUUCAAUAAGCAAGGAUGAAUUAAUAGAUGAAUCAAUAAAAAAUCAAGAAAAUAAUCUCAAUCAAGCGCCUUCUGAAAUUUAA